UUUUUUCCUGCUUAUUGAGAUAAUUAUAUGGCUUUAAUAAAAAGAACUAAACAAAAACAAGUAACAUGCGCUUUUUAAUACAAAAACAAUUAAAAGAUAUAGUUAGACACUGCAUUUUGCAAGAGAAGUUUCCUGUUCCCUUUUCUGCCUCUCUCUGUCUCUCUCUCUCUCUUUAUUUCACUCCAAUAAAAGGACAAAUAAACUUUGUAAACCAAUAUCAAAGUUCAUUGACGUUUACAUAAAUCUUAUUAAUAAAUCCUCAUGUAAAUUCUAUUCUCAUAUUUAAUUCUUUUUAUUCUCCUUUUCUAAAGCUUUAUGUAGUCAAUUUGAUAUAAAUUUCUCACGACGUAUAGUUAGACUUUUAAAAUAUUUAUCAGUUUAACUCCGACAGUCCUGGGAAAUGGGGUAAACAGCUAACAAAAAAAAAACAAUUAAGACUUUUAUUGAAUUUCAUGAAGAGACAUGAGAUUUUAAUAAUUAGGUUAAUCUUGUUUAUCCUAUCUUCAAAGGUCAUUUUUGACGUUCAAUCUAUCAAUAUAAAUUCUACGAGUUGACAAAGAGAAAUAAGGAUAUAAAUAAUAAUAGGAAGAAAAAUAUAAUCAUUUUUUCGACCUCAUCAUCUACACCACCUUGUAUUUAACAAGGACUCGACUUUACACUUUUCCACGCCUACGCUAGGUGCCGUGCGGAUGUUAGCAUUACCCAACAAUCCGGUAGGCUCGCACGUGCUUCACAAAAACAUGCCUCGUAGAACCGUUUUUCCUGAUGCCGAUAGUGAAACUGAUGCGGAAGAGGAAAACCUGUUUGAUCGUCAAGAAUUAAGUAGCGACGAAGACGAAGAAGAUGAAGCCGAAUCGGCCGAGGAAGGUGAUCCUACGCAAAAUGACGAAUCUUCGGACGACGAAGCUCCAGCAGAAGUGUCUAAAACUGCUAGUAAAAAAGCGGCUAGCGAACGUUUCGCAAAUAUUAUAGAAGCACUCAAAACGUCUAAAAAAGCAAAGAAAGAGAAAAGGCAAGAUCGACAGAAAUUAUUCGAAAAACAGAAGGAAGAAAAACGAACCAAGUUAGUCGAGGCACUACCAGAUGGUAUUCUUGAUGGUGUAGAAGAAAUUGUUGAGGCGGACAAGUUAAAAGCUCAAAGAGGAGAAGAAACUGGAAAAAAUAAAGAAGAGGAAGAGGAUGAGGAAGGAGUAGAAUCGCAAGAAGUUGAGCCUAAAAAGUAUAUAAUUAGAGUUCUAUUUCUUUUCUAUUCAUUCUAACACCCCCGCCCCCUCUACCUUUUCUACGUAACGCUGGUGAAUAAAUAUAGAAUAAUAAGGGAUUAUAUUUACAAGUAUAGAGGCUGGGCCGUAUAACGAAAAACCUAUAUAAAAAUAGUUCUAGACUCUGUUACACUUUAAAUGAAAAGAAUAGUUAUGAAGUACGUAGAAUGCUUUUGUAUGCCUUUAU